AUGCCAUUGCCGCGUAACAGCGAUGACUUCGUGCCACGUUCCGAGAUUGAGCUACUGGAAGCUGCGAUGUUUCAUACUGAAUGUCUUGCCGAAUACGAUUGGCGAUCAAACCCGAUUUACCACGGUAAUCAAAAAAGUAGCCCGUCGGUACGGGACACGAGCUUUCUUGGCCAGCCCGAGGAACGCGCGGAACCUGACGGACGUGAUAAGCGUAUUGCUGCAGUCAAAACGGUUCAGGCUGAUCGACGUAAGUGCGCCCCACGUAUCCUGCAACGAUCCUAUAGUGUCCUAUAG